AUGAGCAAAGCAAAAAGUCCGGAGAUUGAGACAGACCAAGAACGAGAUAAGCUUCUGGAAGGUCUCUCGUCACUCCCUUACCAUGAGCGAUUGACCAGGUUUCUCCGUGGCUCCACGCGACACUGGGUCACUGGCGGAGUCAAUGUUGUCGACUUCCGGCCCCUUUAUUCGGUUACAAUCCAUCAUCUCCAGCGCCAGAUGGCGGAAGAAAUCCAUGAUCUGACAGACAAUGAAGUUACAGAUCAGCAAUUGGUCAGAAUCAGAGACAUUCUCCACCACUACACCAAUGCCCUACGAAAUUUCGAGUUUAUUCAUGCAAACCGGUGGAACACUUUCUUUGUCAAAGACAUCGCAGCAUCAAGGAUGGAUGAUGGGCCUGGAUCCAAACUUCAUGCAGCUCUGAUGUCCGAGCUCGACCUUGCCGCCGGUGACUCGCACUGCAGUAUCUACCAAGACGCAGAUCUUCUCGGCUCGUUUAAUCCCAAACUAAUGCAGCACAGCACCGCCAUCGGGCGAAGUCUAGGUACAGGUUUAGCACAGACAUUUUCAAGCCAAGAGCGGCGGCUGAAGGCGCGGAGGGCCUCAAAACGAUUUGGCUUUGCUGUUAUUGGUGGCCUGAUCAUUGUAGUGCCCAUGCUUAUCUUGGCAGCGGGCACUGCAAAUGUCAAGAUGCAGGCUGUGAUUUCAGCUUCAAUAUUCGUCUUCGCAGGAGGGGUCGCACUGUUUUCAACGACAGAGCCUGAAAAUCUACUUGUUGUUACUGCGGCUUACGCAGCUGUCUUGGUAGCAUUUAUAGCGGAUAAAUGA